GCUGAAAAGAACCGUAGCAAAGAAAGGGACACAGGCCUUUUCCCGACACAUAUUUUUUUUGUGUCACAGUUUGUUUUUAGAGUGUCAGACGUCAACUUUCUGCUUUUGCCUCUUUUAACAUCUCGUGAAUGUGAAGCCAGGCGGUGUUGUCUCAUGGUUUUACAGAAACGAAGAUAAAGUUAAGUGAGCAGGUUGGUUUGAUGAGCGUGGCAUCAAGGAAAGAGGCACCAUGAGUGCGGAGCUGGAUGCCCUGACUGUGGUGAACCAGCUGCGAGACCUUGCAGCAGACCCUCUAAACCGCAGAGCUAUAGUUGAGGACCAGGGCUGUCUGCCUGGUCUCAUCCUCUUCCUAGAUCAUCCCAACCCACAGGUCGUCUACUCUGCAUUAUUGGCCGUGCGCUACCUGGCAGAAUGUCGAGCCAACAGGGAGAAGAUGAAGGACGAGCUGGGCAUGAUGCUGAGUCUGCAGAACGUCAUGCAGAAGACCACGUCUCCAGGGGAGACCAAACUGAUGGCCUCAGAGAUCUAUGAGAUUCUGCAGUCAGCUGGUAAAGAAGAAGCCGCCCAGGCAGAUGCCGCCGCUGCCUCCUGUCGGCGUAAAGCCCAGUUCUUUCUAGGCUCCAACAACAAGAGAGCCAAAACCGUGGUCCUGCACAUCGAUGGACUGGACGACUCCACUCGAAGGAGCCUUUGCGAGGAGGCCUUGCUCAAGAUCCGUGGGGUCAUCAGCUUCACCUUCCAGAUGGCUGUCAAAAGAUGUGUCGUCAGGAUUCGCUCUGACCUUAAAGCAGAGGCCCUGGGUUCAGCAAUCAACUCCACCAAAGUCAUGAAGGCUCAGCAGAUCGUGAGGACCGAAAAUGGAGGAGAACGGAUCGUGCCAUUCCAGGAGGAUUCCUCAGUGGAGGUGGAGGAGAACACUGACAUCCCUGAUUACCUGCCUGAGGAGGACAGUCCGUCACAGGAGCAGGACAAGGCAGUGCAGCGUGUGGGCUCCAUGACGGAGGGCAUCGGCUGGCUGAGCACGGCCGCCAACUUCCUGACCCGCUCUUUUUACUGGUGACCACUUCCUGUCUUCUGACUCCCUAAAGUUCUUUUUUUUUUGUUUUGUUUUUUGUUUUUUCCUCUCCAGCUUCCAGCCUUAGUAUCUUUCAGCCUGCUACUGGACUACGCUCUGCCUCAGCCAUACACUUAUCUAGUCUCCAGUCUACUCUGCGAUGCACUCACUUUAGAGGCCGACAACCGCUGGACCCCCGAGUGUCAUAAAUCGUGUAUAUACUGAGGUCCAAACAUCACUGCAGGCUGUACGUGUACAACCAUAUACUUGUAUAUAAAAAAACAUAGACACAGAUCUUAAAACCAGCCGAAAACCAAAUAGCAUUCAGCAUCGUGGUAGUGAGAGCGGUGACAGGUGGCAGGUGUGUUACGGUGUUCUUUGGUUGAUGAUACAUAGAAAUGGGAGGUUGUUUGUUUGUUUUUUUGUCUCAGUUUCUCCAGCCUUGUUAUCUAAACAUGUAAUUCUUUCCAAUACUAACAUUUUUCUAAAACUUUCCAAAAUACAGAUUCUACUUUUUGCCCAUCAUCAGAUAUUUUUAAGCAUGCUUUAAAUCUUUUGUGCCAUUUUGUUUCUUUUUCUUUAGCCUGAUGCCUAGCUUUGCGGUUGUCGUGUAUGUGUGUGCCUUUAUUUGCCAUCACAUUGUAAUUAUAAUUUAUUCGCUGUUGAUUCAGAUGAUUUGAGAGUUGCUGAGUGUCACAGUUUUGCUGUUUCACCUGUGGCUUAUUCGUUCAGUAGAAAUAGAAAAAGUAGACACCAGCACAAGGCUGCGGCCCAUUCCGCCCCUGGGCCACACUGAGAAGACUGUUGCGUGCAGAAACUGGAGUUGGCUGGGUUUUUUUCAGGACUCCCCAGAUUGAUAUUUUUAGUACAUCGAGAGUCAGACGUUGUCCUGCAGUGUUGGUGGCGGCGGGAAUUGCCCGACAGCUCCUUGUGUUAAUUGCACAGAUUUCGUUGGAGGCUACCUCUCUACUCUCAGCAUUACGGUUCUCUGUAGUUUUAGAUCAGCACAAAGAAGACAAACCUGUUAAGUUUCUGAACUUCUGCCCAGGUUUUACAGGGUUUCAGACCCGCUUCUUAUCAGUUGUUAGUUUUGGCAGCAGUGUCCUUUUUUAGCAAAGAUCAUCACUAGUGUACACACACACACACCCACCCGCACACACAGCAGUACAGUCUCAUCAGUAGUAUUGACUAAGGGCGUGGUUAUGUACAUUUUGUAAAUGGUGCCUGAGUCUCAGGCAUAAGAAUUUUUUUUCCCUCAUCUUUUGCUAAAACUUACCUUCACAUGAUGUCACCACUGUUACAGUUUCAGUGUUUGUUUUUGCUACUACAGUCAUGUGACUAACUCACACGGGUGUCAGGAACGUUCAUUACACGAUGCUGACCAAGUCAUUUUCAUUGUUUCCAUCCGUGCAGAGACGUCACAGUCAUUUGAGGUCAAACUGAUGCGAUUGGACGGUCGGUGCAGUUCUCUGGAAAAAGCAAUAAUUGAUUUUUUUUUUUUUUUGGUUUGUUUUGUUUUUUUGGCAUUGUUUGAACUCACCACAGUUGGGAAGCAGCAGAUAAAUAUGACAGCUUGAACCAAUAUAAUCCAAGACCGUCAGUAUUAAAAACGAUUCGUCCAUUUGCACACAGUCCAUCCCUGAACUGUCGUCCUGUCUUGUCCUCUCGGCUCAUACUACAUAAAACAACACGUUUUUAAUCUGUGCACUGCAUUGAGUGUUAAAGUGUAAGUGUCCCUUGGAUUCAGCUGCUGUCACCGGGCGGACCAGGAACUACAAAAAGAGUCCUCCUCCAUGUCACAUGUACAGACGUCACCUGUCAUCAAUUGUAAUAUAAUGUACUGUAGAUUCCCAAACACUCUGCGAACAAACAAAUAUAAACUCAAAAUCAAAUGUA